CCCCCUGAUUCAUCAUCACAUACUAGCUCAGGAAGAAAGAGAGGAGGCAGGAGUGUGUUCAUACAUCUGCAAUGGCCAUUGAGCUGCGCUCUGGUGUCAAAUAUGGCUCGUUUUUGUCACUCGCAGUGGUGUUGGUGGCGUAUUGGUUACGAUCUCCGGACAGCUCGGUUCUGGAUGAGAGGCUAGACGUGGUUCUGUCCUCAUUGCUGCGCGCAGAGCGGAAAGUGGGCAUGAACAGCGUGUCCAGACCGCGAGUGGCUAUAGGUUUUGGCGGCUGUGUUGAUAUCAUAGUCGAUGGAGUGACUCUGCUAAACAAAAUCGGUUUGAAGCCAACAGACCAGCCCCUUCACCACGACUACAUAGAGAAUGCGGAGCAGCUGGCCCAGAGUUUCGCUUACUUUUUCUCCCCCGGAGCUGCUUCAGAGAGGUUUGUAAUGAAUGACACACUCUUCAGUGAACUGGUAGAGGCUUCUCGAGAGUUACCCGGAAACAGGUGGUCAAUAGGAGGAAAUGCACCUGUCAUGGCCAGCAGGAUGGCGCUGGAAGGAUGUGAUGUGCUUUUAGGUGGCAGUUUCAGCACCGAUUUCACUGAUAUCCUCUCACAGCGUAUCACAGUUGCUGGAAACACUGUGGAUGAGCCAGACAUCCACCUGAUUCUGGAGUAUCCCACAGGUGCCACAUGGGGGCCGUACACCUCCCGAAGGGCAAACAGGUAUAUUGUCCAUAGUGAUGACCAUAAUCCAUAUUUGGACUCCAUGGAGCAAUUUCAGGAGAAGCUGAAUGGAUUCAAACCAGAUUUGCUUGUAGUAGGAGGGUUGCAGAUGAUGGACAACUUCCCUUUCAAAAAGGGAGAGCGCAAGGCUCUGCUGGGAAGGCUGGCGCAGAUGUUGUCCUCCGCGUCCCCGCAGACCGCUGUCCAUUUCGAGAUGGCCAGCUUUGUGGACGAAAGUCUAAUGUCAGAUCUACUAGAUUUUGUUCUUCCUCACGCUGAUUCUUUGGGCAUGAAUGAGCAAGAGCUGCCCAAUCUUUUGAGCCUUUUCCGUGGCAGCAAUUUAACCGUGCUUUCCGACCCCAACCCUCGUGUAGCUACGGUGCUGGACCAGAUGCGAGAACUCUACCGCCUGGUAAACCAGCGCCACCGUGAGGCGGGGACGGGUCGGCCCCUCACCCGCCUUCACGUCCACACCCUGGCCUUCCAGGCCAUCAUCGUCAAACGCGGCUCCCAGUGGAAGAACACCAUGUCAGCCACGGCCAAAGCCUCUCUGACUGCCAAUCGGCACGUCUGCGGCUCGCCGGACAUCGAUCUCAACAAAGCGCGGCUGAUUAUGGACGAAUCGUUCUCCAUUAGCAGGCGAGAAGGAAGUCAGAGAAUUCCGCUUCAGGAAUCUCGACCAGUUUCCUGCUGGGAUGAGGACGGCUAUGAGAUUUGCGUGGCUCCUGUGUUGGUGUGUACAGAGGUGUACCAGACUGCUGGAGGAGGAGACAACAUCUCUGCCGCUGGGCUCGUACUGCAGAUCUGAAUAUGAGAUGUCUUCAUCCCACAUGCUUGGGUUUUAUUUUGUGAAUUUUUUUUUUUUUUUUUUUUUUUUUUUUUUAAUUGCAUUAUUUUAUUUUUUGGAGAGAAAAAAACAUUGAAACACACCAAGUGCAAUACAAACAUUGGGUCCAGCUUAUAUAAAGCUGGGUGAAUCUCACAAAACCUGUCAACAACGUUUCCACGUCUUAUUUCACCCUUAAAUCAAAAAAAAAAAAAAAAUGAAAUAAGGUUUUGCUUUUUUACAUUUGUUUUAUGUUGAGUUUAUAUUAUUUUUCAGUAUUAUUUACUUGACAAUUAAGCACAUUUUAACUGCAAAUUCUAAUUACUGUUUCCUUUAAUUUGUGCUGAUUUAAAUUUAAAUUGUACCACAGUAUUUUUUUGUUGUACUAUAUUAAAAAAAAUACUGUAUUGUAUAAUAAUGAGAAUAUAAUGAAAACCACAAAAAAAAAAGAAAAAAAAGUGUAAUGGAUGCAUUACAUAAAUGAAAAUCUGUUUAAUUGUCAUGAAAAUAAUGUCUUUAUGCAAAAUCUAAUUCUCAUUUUUUUUUUACUUUUGAUUUUUGUGUGAAAUAUAAUCUGGACACUUUAUUGUAAGAUUCACGUAGUUAUCCCACCUGUAGGUCAUUUGUUUUCAAUUUAAUUGUUUUUUGUUUUGUUUUUUGUUUUCUAAUUUAAAAUAUUUUUACUCUUAUCCAGAACCUUUUUGUGUCUUAAAAUGGCUUUCGUAAUCAUUCACUUCAUGCACAUUAACCCAGCAGGGGCCAGUAAUCUUGAAAAAAUAUGCAGAAGAAUCUUUGAGUGCCCAGAGCUCUUUAUUUUAUGACUGAAAUUAAUCACUGCAAAUGUGCAAUAAUGUCAAGUGGAAACACAGAAGAAAUUAGCAUGACUGAAGUGUAUCUUUAUUUGUCAUACAUUAAUUUAUGCUCCACCUAUUUAAAUCGCAUGACUGUAUUUUUUUUUUGCAUUCCAAAGCAUUAUUAUAUUCCACUUUAACAAGAGAUUGAGCAGUUACACAUCCUAAACAUUGAAACAAGUCCGUUUUCCUCUCUAAUUCACAACACAAUGUCUUUAGCCAAAUUUACAACACAAUUAAAACACAUGUUCCUUUGAAUUGAAGGAACAUGGCUUGAUUUUUAACUCUAGAGAAGGGAAAGUUUUUAAGGAUGGUCAUUUUAGCCGAUCAUGUUUCUGUGGGUGCAUGUAUUUCAUAAAACCUGUCAAGAACGUGUCAUACUUCACCCCAAAAUCAAAAGAAAGAAAUGGAUUACAGUAAUUACAAUUGAGAAUAAUUGGAAUUACAAAUAAAAGUAAAACAUCUGUCCAUACCAUGUUGUGGUAAUACAAAUUUGCAAGGACAUUGUGGUUAAUUGUCAUGAAAAUAACAUCAUAAAGCAAGUCUUAAAGGAAAAUUGUAUUUUAUUUUAUUUUAUUUUAUUCUAUUUUAUUUUCACCUGAAUACUUUACUUAUGCUUGAGUUGUGUUUUAUCAAAUCUUGGAAUGGAUAUAGUAGCCAAAACCACUUAUUUCCUUAUGAAUGUGCAAAAACCACUUGUGUGUAUGUAUUUUCAGGAGGGGGAUUUGAAGAACUUUGCCAUAAUCAUAGUUGUGGGUGUCUCUUUUAACAGAUUCGGAAAUAUCUAAGCAAGUUCCGGCCCUGGCUUCCUUUCAGUCACAUCUUCCAUCAGUCACCCUGAGUGCAAAUUAUUACCUACCUCCUGUGCCUAUGAAAAUAUCCAGCUUAACUGAUGUCCAUUAUGAUUAGGCCUAUAUUGUAUACCUGUGUUUAUUUACGUGAUAUGGCGCAUGAGAGUGCUUGUCUAUGCUAGUGUAACCCAGUAUCAGACAUGAGACUGAUGUUAAAGAUGUCCCACCCUAUGAGAGAUAUCAGGGUGUGUGUAUUGAGAUGCUCGCCAGCUGAUAUAUGAAAUAAGUCUCAGGGAUUACAGUAGCCUGGAUGUCUAUGAUCCACAACACUUGAGUUAGAACCAAUUUAGCUGUGACAGAGAGCAGCUGGUGUGAUUCUGGUCUGAGCCUUUAACGUACUGACCAACUGAUGGUCCAGUAGAUAUGAAGAAUCUUUAGUGUGAAAAAUAGCAAUGGAAUGGAUACUUUUGUUGUGAAUGUUAUUCAUGUGAUUCAUUGAUAAUAAGGGUCUGAAGCAAUUGUAGCAUUGGAAUUGUUUAUUAUGAAAUAGUGGUAGGAGUAUUGAGUGUUGUGCUGCAUCAACUGGAAAUGAGUUGUAAUGAAAUGCCUUUUUCUCUUUCCUUCUUUUGUCUUGGCCAUGUGUAGUCUGUCAGCAACAGCUGUUCUGAAGGGAAAAGAGUCAUUUUUGAAUUACUUCUUUGGAUUUGUAGCCUAUGUAAUAAAAUAUUACAUUCCA